AUGAAACCCUCCAGCUACGUAGAUCGGUAUACCUGGGAUGCCGUGGACCCUCUGGCGGUCACAACCCUCGACCAUCCAGUGACCGAUGUGUACGUGACAGCUGUAGAAGGACAGACUUACUUGAGGAACGUGUUCUACGUACAAGACUGUAUCAGGUUCCUCAGGGAGCUGCAGAAGAAAGACAUCUACGACGAAGGGCUUGCUGAUAUUGCUUAUAACUUUUACGUUGGCGGGGAUGGGCACGUAUAUGAAGGCAGAGGAUGGCAAGUAGCUCCCACAUUACAGCAUGAAGGGGAAAGUCAUGACGUGGAUGGUUUAGCUAUCGCGUAUAUAAGACCGAUUCCAGGAAGUCAACCUAACGAGUUGAUGGUUUCGAAAGUGAAAGAAGUUAUUCAAGAAGGUAUACAAAAUGGAUAUAUUGACGAGAACUGUAAUAUUGAAGGAUUAACUCAUGAGCUAGAAAGUGCAGGAUAG